AUGCUAUUCCUUCCACACAUUCGAUGCCUUUCGCAUGCACUGACCAAUACCAGAAAAUGCUAUGUCGACUAUAUUGAAGCCAAGGUUGGGCGGCGUCUCGGUGCCUUGGCGAAAGACACGAGAACGACUGCGAAACCCGAGCGGCGGAGAUACAUUGCUGGUAUCUCUUUUGGGACCUCGUCUACGGCUAUGACGCAAGCUCUUGCCAAAUUUUGCUCACCCAGGAAAUCUUCUGCGGCAUUUGAGCUGCAUGCUGUCCACGUCGAUACGAAUCUCACGGAACCUCUUCGUGACGGAGUCUCGCCAGCUGCUCAGAGGAACCUGGACAAAUACAGAGAACGGUUCUCCAAUGUCUCGUUCCAGUGUGUACACCUGAGCAAAGUCCUGAAUGUGGGUACCAUAGACUGGUCGUCUCUGCCCUGCUUCGAGACAAUAAGCAGCCCAGAAGUUGGCAGUAACUGUCAGCGGUUACAAAACUUCUUCAAUUCUUUACCCUCGCCCACUUCCAGGGCAUACAUCCUGCGGCUCCUUAUUCGCCAUAUCCUACUAGAUAUGGCCCUGGAAACUUCAUCUACCGCUCUCCUCCUGGGUCACAGCACGACAGCACUGGCUGCGUUGACCCUUUCCGAGGUCGCCAAUGGCAGGGGUUACUCAGUCCCAUGGCAGAUUAACGACGGCCCCUACACGUUCUGCGUACAAAGCCAGAAAUCAGACUCCAAGGGUUGUAAAGAAAUGAACCGCGAAACCCAGGUUCAUAUUUACUAUCCCAUGCGUGAGCUCUUUGCGGCCGAAAUUUCGCAGUACUUAGGCUUGGUGUCGUCCCUUCAAGAGCUUGUUUCAACCGACACCGCAGGAAAUAGUCGUAGUGUGGUAUCGCACAAAGACGUCAGCAUCGACGACAUCAUGAAUCGCUACUUUAGCAAUGUGGAGGGUCAAUAUGAGGGUGUCGUGGCCAACGUUGUGCGCACAACUGGGAGGCUCAGCAGAGUCGCAGGAUCUGAUUUCUGUCGCCUAUGUGGCAUUACGCUUGACGACAAUGGGGACUCUCGCUGGGCUGGAUCGCUCGGGCACGAUUCGGAGACGAAUGUGUACCAGCACAUACUAUGCUAUGGCUGUAAGCGUUGCGUACGAGGUUAA